AUGAGUGCAGGAUAGCAAUUAAAAGCUAUUGAUGUUAAUGAAAAUAUGAAGUAUCACUUUGGUAAACACUUUAGCAAGAUAAAGAAUCAGGCUAGAAAGGUUUUUAGUCCAAUUUUAGAGGGAGUUUAGGAGAAUAAUGAUACUAAAAUAUCAAGUGAACUAUAGUUCUUUGUCAACUGCUACACUUGCUAGACUACUCUAGAUAACAUCUUUGAUGCAGCCUAAGAGCCUCUUAAUAGAUAACUUAUUAUAGCGGGUAUAUCUAAUCUGUGCAAGAAUAAGUACUCUUCAACAGUAUGUAUUGAAAUGACAAACUUGUUCAUGACAUUGAUUUUUGACAAUAUCUUUGAAAUAUCUCUAGAGAGAGACUUUGUUUGCUCUUAUCUAUUCCCAGUUUGUGAUAGAGAUGAAAAUAAACACAAAGAAUAUAAAGUUCUUAAACUUGAUGAGUACAUAGAUAGAAUUCUAGCAGAUAAACCUGAGUUGAUAUAAAAUGAUGACUAUAUCGAAAAUCUCUAUAAGUACAUUGAAGAAAACGAGCCAAACCCACCAACGUAUAAGAUCAUGCAUAUGUCAGAUUGGCAUGUAGAUUUUAGAUACUAAGAAGGAGCUAAAAGAAACUGUAGAGAUGAAAUCUGCUGCUAGGCUGAACAUGGAUUUCCGACAGAGGAAAAAGAAAAAGCUAGGAAAUAUGGAGAGUUCACUUGUGAUAUACCUUAUGUGACAGCAGAGAAAUAGAUGGAGCUUCUGUCUUAAAUGGUUGAUGAAAAAAUAGACAUGAUUGUGUGGACAGGUGAUUAAAUAGGACACGAUUUGCACAAUGUGACACCAUUAGAGAUUAUUGAGACAAUUGAUACACUCAGCAAACUGAUUAAGAUUUAUUUCCCUGAGACUCCAGUAAUUCCAACAGUAGGCAACCAUGAUUUCUAUCCACCCAAUUAUUAGGCAUUUAAUGCUACCUUUACUGACCAUUUGCAUCAAAUUAGUGAGAUUUGGCGAAUGUUUUUAUCAGAUAAUGAUGCUAUUUAAAAAUUCACUGAAUAUGGAUACUAUAAGACAGAUAUGCCAAAGAGUAUUACAGACAUUACUGGGUAAAAAGCAUCAAUUUUAGGAAUGAAUAGCUAAACUUGCUAUAUGUACAAUUAUGGACUAUUUAAUGAGACUAAUGAUGCUGCUAAGCAACUAGCCUGGCUUGAGGAAAUUUUAGCUCAAGCUGAGAAGGAUAACGAACUCAUAAUCAUUGCUGCUCAUAUGUCACCAGGUGAUUAUAACUGUAUUACCCAGUGGUCGAAUAGAUAUCAAGCACUAGUUGAGAGAUAUUAACACAUAAUUAGAUUUUCUAUGUACGGACAUGAUCAUAGAGAGCUUUAUGAUGUUGUGAGAGCUUUUAAAUCUAAGAAACCUAUUCAUGUUGAAUAAGCAGCUGGAGCACUUGGAACCUAUAACUUAGUUAAUCCUUCUGUAAGAAUAUACACAAUGCACGCUAAAUAUCAUAUUCCAAUCGAAUAAAAAACUUAUGAAUUUAAUCUUGAUGAAGCGAAUAGUGGAAACUUUAGAUUUAGAUUACUAACAGAUAUGAAAAAAGAUUUUGGAUUAAAAAAUCUUGGACCUGCUGAGUAUUCAAGGUUAUCAGAAAGAUUCUUAGAAGAUGCAGACAUUUCCUAAUAGUAUAGCAAGUAAGUAAUCCUAAUAUCUUAAUAAUAAUAUAGGCAUACAUGGAAGAAUGGAGUAGAAUCUUUAAAAUAUUGUGACAAAGAGUGUAGGAAAUCUAUGUAUUGUGAGAGUUAUGAUGCUAAUAAUAACUGGAAAGUAAGCUGUGCAGAUUUGGACUUCAGCUAUGUUAGAUACACUGAAUAUUCCUUUGGAAAACUCCUAAAUCCUUGGGUUGAAAGAAAAAAUAAGGAUUAAAAGCAAUGA